UAUUUUCGAUCUAAACUUGUACUCCAGUUCCAGUAAGCUUCCGCCUUGAUAUCCGGUAUCGUUGUGGUAUUUUCACCUUUGAAUGAGGCAAAGAUCAGACACAAUCUAUCGGAGCACGCUUCCGGUUAUUUAUACUGGCUGUUUGGAUAUAUGAGGUUGUUUGAAUCGCACGUGUGUGAUUAGGACGUCGUUAUAUGCUUUAAAAGAUUUCAGUGACCCCAAUAGACGGAUUUCCAACACAAGGAAAUAAGAACACUCAUGAAUUUAAAUUGUGAAACAAGGAGGAAACUUUGUGCUCUCGAGUCUUGGCAAGGCUAUUGUCGCUGAUUGAAGUAGUUUGCAGAUACUUUUCCCAAUGUCUAGGACCACUAUCUAAGGUUUAGACCUGACUUUUGUUGUCUGAACUUGGAGAGAGAUACGACACAAUCACAAAUGGUGCAAAAUUAAGCUCGGCCGAAACGUUCUUCUUCUUGGAUGAUUUCAUUUUUUGGGGUGGUUUAUCUUUGAUUGAUAUAUAAAUACAAGACUAAAUUUUGUGUGCAAGGGAAGACUACUCCUGAAUAUGACCUGGACAAUUUCUUGUUGCCUCGUUGAUGUUUUCUAGAUUGAUAAUUUCAACCAGUCCAGACUGUAAAUAUGUGGAUAAGGUUCGCUCAACUGUUCGUCUUCAAGGUUUACAAGGUCCUGAUCUUCACUAGACCAGCUAGAUUAAUGGAAGCACGAUGCUGACCUAAUAUUGCUACAUUUGCGAAUCAUUAUCUGAGUUUUUGUAUAUAUAUAGAAAGAGAGAGGCCUUUAUCAUAGUCCUUAUUUGGGAAUCCCCAAUUAGCCAAACGUGGAACCGUAAGCUUCACCUGAAACACUGUAAAGUGCCAAUCAAAAUGAAUAACGACAAAACUUGUACCUUACCCUAGCGGACCAAACAGUUGUAAAGAGACUGGUUUUGAAGAGCUACAUGUAGAACGUUGCGCUUGGAUUUUUCAAGAGAUUCAUUUUGGAGCCUGGUUGAAGUAUUGAACACACUCCAUUACGGAGAAUGAUUAAGGAUUUGGAAUGGUGUAUAGAGCACAGGGCUCCACUAAUCACUGACAAACAUAUUUUACCUGUUUACUAGUGUGUUCACCUAAGUAUUAUGGCGUCUCUACUAAGUUGGAUCAAGUCUUUUUCUGGACUUAUGCUUGUAUUGUUCUACAUAGCUGCUACAAGUGAUGGAUACAUCGUAGACCUGACAUUAGUGACCAAUCACCCCCUCCUAGAUCCUCCCAACACACAGGAUCAAUAUAUCGGCGCCUACCUAGGACAGAAAGAUGCAAGCAUCAGAGACGAUAUCACGUUCGACCGAAUUAUCCGGACCGCUGAUACUCCUGUUCUCCCAAAAUAUAUAAACAUAGAAGACGAAGGUCAAUUUAUUAGAAAGCUAAUCUUCGAACAGUCCAAUCAAACCAAGGCAUUAGGAGCAUUCAAUGCAACUUUCGAAUAUGAUGGAAUCAAACGUAUGACUUCCAUUGUUGUCUUAAUGCACAAUGCGACAGUCUUGCCUGAACGGACAACUUUGACUGUCCAUGCCGGGGAAACUGUAACAAUCGCAGUCGUCACCAACAUGACGGAAGGUUCCCUUCGGUGGGGGUUUAAUGGUGAAAAGAUAUCUGACAAUAAUGGAAAGCAGAGUCUAACUUUGGAGAACGUGGAACUAAAUCAAACUGGGGUAUAUAAGUGUUUUCUAUCUGGAAAACGAUCGGAUCCAGAAAAUGCAAUAUUCCUUCUUCAUGUCAUCAGAUGCCCAGCUCAUCGUUGGGGAUCUGGAUGCGCAUAUAACUGUACUGAGUGUCUCAAUGGAGGCAAAUGCGAUGCAGACUCAGGAGAGUGUGUAUGUCCUCCUGGUUUCAACGGGACAACAUGUGAACACGUCCUGGGCAGAAACCGGUUCGGGCAGGAUGGCAGCUUUUCUUGUGAUUCCUCAGGAGAUGAUCACAGUCCAGAGUGUCGGGGUAAACUCUUCUGCCUACCAGACCCCUUUGGAUGCACCUGUGCAGCAGGAUUCAUGGGAAUCAAUUGUACAACAGAAUGUAACCCGGGAACGUAUGGAGCCAAUUGUUUACAAGAGUGCCACUGCUCUUCACCUAACAUCUGUACCAAGGAUACAGGAGUAUGUAUCGAUGGGACUGCGUGUCAAGAAGGCUGGACUGGUGUCAACUGUCAAGUUCGAAGUUCCCCCAUUCAGGACGUUGAAGAUGAUACAUCUAUUCCCGGUACAAAAUCGGCAAGUUCUGGUACCACUUCCUCAAUCAUCCCCACCAUUGAAACCACUUCUGAUAUAACUGAAGCUACUACCAGUGCUACCACUCCUGCUCCCACUACCAUCCCUCCACAGUCUGUUCCAUCUUACGCCAUAGCGAGCUUCAAUUACACCAAGGUUAACAAUGGCGAACCUACAACAUUGGUUUGUGUUGUGACAGGAUCACCUCUACCGACCUCUGAAAACAUCAGCGUCACCUAUGCAGCCGGUGGAGAUGAAGGGAUUGUCCUUCUGGGGACCACUGUCAAUGAAUCAACCAGGACAUCCCGGUACCAGGUUAUCGUGAGUCUGGGUGAGGUACCUCUGAAUUUCACUUGUCUUUUGCGCAGGCCGGACGGGGAAAGUGUCUCGAAAGAUGUGGCUGUCUCUGUUUAUGAACCUCCAAGCUUUGUUGAAGCUCACCUACUCGUCCAAGAGAUGACAUCUCACUCGAUCACCUUACGCUGGACACCUUGGAAUGAGAAUAAUGAUCGUGGUAAUGGGCCAGUGAUUGGAUAUCGAGUCUACUACAACACACACGGACAGGAUGACAUAGCCAGCGCUUCAGGAGAUCUCAUCAGAGAUACAAAUUUCACGAUCACUAAUUUGACACGGGACACAGUGUAUGAUUUCAGAGUGACUGCUUCGAGAGAGGGGCCAUCGGGUGAGGGGAGGUACAUCUCAGUAGCAGGAACUAGGACAAAGUGUACUGCACCUUCUCAGGCGCCUGUUUUGUCUGUGAGAAAUAGAGGUCAAACAUCCAUCACUUUGGAUCGGGAGGUAAUACCAGAGGGAUCAUGGGGAUGCAGUGCCCUUUCUGGAUUAGAAAUCAAUAUUAGCACCAAUGGACAAAAUGGCUUGCCUCGAACCUUGUCAUUUGAUACUACGGCGGGUACUGCUAACAUUGAUCAGCUUGAGGAUUGUACGACGUAUAACAUCAACGCAGCAUUUAGAAACAAAGACGAGUUGGGGAUCUCUUCAGAAAUAUUGUCAGUGAGCACGUCUUUGAUACGACCCGCACGUGUAGAAGCCUUACAGAUGUCUUCUUCAACCACACAAAUUGGAGUAAGCUGGGCACUAUCAUCUAGCCUAUGCUCCCCUGACUACUAUAGCAUACGCUACAGUCUCCUUCGAAAGUUUGCCUGCCAAUCACCAGAAACCACCCCAUCAGAGUUUGAAGUGAACACCAACGUCACACAAUACAAUAAUCUAGUGGGGUUAGAGCCUUACUCGCGAUACAAGAUCACAGUUACAGCUGUAAAUGGUGCCGGGCAGAGUGAACCCACGAUCGGCUAUUCGUAUACCAGGCCGGGACCACCGUCCAAUAUUACACAUGCCAGGGUUAACCCAGAAAGGACGUCUCCAUCAAGAAUAGGAUUCACAUGGCAACCUCUCAACUGUAGAAAUGUGAAUGGAGUGUUCUGGUACUACUAUACAAGAAUCUACAAGGAUGGUGAUAGGGAUGAGAAGCAGCAUGCUGGGAGCAAGUACUUAGAUUAUAACAUUUCAUACUCUUCAGUUGAGUUCAAUGAUCUUGACGCAUGUACGGUGUAUGAACUGAAUAUCAAUGCCGUCAACAGCCGUGUGACAACUCUUGGAAAUCUGUCUUACGCUAUCGGUGUAACAGGUGUUACUUUCACAAAUGCAUCCGCUUCUGCAACUGGGAAUCAACCCGGUCUGACAGUUCAGUGGAGUGUUCCGCACCAAUGCAAUGUGAAUUACUACAGAUUAUCGUAUCACCUCAUCUCACGUAAAGCAUGUCAAGAUGCCCCUGUAAUAGAUGCUCCAGUCUACGAAUCCAACGUCACAUCAGUUUCCAAAUAUAUUUCAAACUUGGAAUAUUACGCAACCUAUAACAUCUCCAUCAUAGCUGUGAUUAUGACAGCAGAGAGCCUACCUAUAAAUAUUAAUGGAGACACAGGAGAUGGAGUACCCUCUGUCAUCAAGUCAGUGUCGUACACCUCCACUGCCCACUCCUUGGACUUAGUGUGGGAGGAACCCUCCUGCGAAAGCCUACACGGUGUUUUGAAUCGAUAUGAAUACGAUCUCUAUGGUGGGCAGAGAACUGCCCGGUAUGCAUUGCACACACGAAGGAACGAUGUACAAAUAACUGGUCUUGAUGCUUGCACAGAAUAUCGCUUCAGGAUAAGAGUAGUUACUACCCAACAGAGAAGGAGUGAAUGGCAUAUGGAAAUGGCAACGACUAAUAUAUCAGCUCCUGGAAUGCCGCUUAUUACAGAGCUAACCGCACAUCGGGAAGACAGUGGCACUACUGGUCUAACAGUAACAUGGCAACCUCCUUCCUCACCUCCAUGCCAGCCUACACAUUAUGAAAUCAAGUACUAUGUUCGUCAAGGCGAUAUGUGUGAGAAUAUCCCGAGCGAUCCUACAAUGAAUUUAGCAGGGACCGUCAAUGGUUCAACUUUCACCUUCAGUUUCCUGGAGUUGCGUCCCAACUCUGAGUACAUGGUGUUCGUGAGAGGCGGAACCAGUAGCGGUUAUGGCGAUUCGGAUUCCCAAUCAGCUACUACAGGAUAUUCAUAUCCUACUGGUCCUCCAACUAAUAUCCGGUCCACUUCCACCAAGAAGCGCAGUAUUGUCUUCACUUGGGAGACACCAGAAUGUGGUGAUCGGAAUGGACCAAUCUCAAGCUACGAAGUUAUGCUCUCCAAUUCUACAGGAGACGUGGUUUAUCAUGGUAAUGUGUCAGCUGGCGCAGCUAGCGCAGGACCUAAGCAUGAAAUAUCGGACCUUAUCCCCUACUCGAAUUACAGUAUUAGAAUCAGAGCUUGGAACUAUGAACUAGCAGGGGAGUAUGGUCCAGCAAUUCGGACACAGACAGCUGAAGCAAAGCCAGCGCCACCAAUCGGAGUAAAUCUGCCAUCUUCCGACCAGGAAAGUAUCACAGUAGAAUGGAUGUCACCCAACCCUCCUCUAGGCAGGAUAAUAGGUUACUACAUUCUCUACUGGGAGACGUUUGGUAAUAGUUCCACGCCCAGUAACGUCACCAUCCCGUGUUGGGACGGGCUGUGCUCUGACAUUAACUACAGGCUUUCCGCAGAUAUUCACGAUCUCCGGCCGGACACGAAUUAUUCCGUUCAGGUCAGGGCGGAGACCAUUCGUGGUGUUGGUAACUCAAGCCCGGACCCACCAGUUGUCAGGAUUACAUCAGAAGGAAUUCCUAGUGAGCCCCAGGCGUUGGCUGUUUCCAGCAGAUCAAAAUCGUUACUGAUUACCUGGAAGGAGCCGAGGUACCCCCGUGGAAGAAUCAUCUCCUAUACGCUGGCUUACAAAGUAAAAGGAAAGCCAUACGACAGAUCAUUCCAGCCAGAAAAAUCAUUUACGAUGAAAGAGAUAGCGGGAGCCUCUUUGAGCUUUGAACUUGAUGAUCUGGAGCCAGCUACACUCUAUGAGGUCUACGUGGUAGCGUCCACUAGCAAAGGGGAGGGAGAGUCUAGUCAGCAUGUUGAUGAAUUUACGCAACCUCCCGCAGAGCUUCCGAUGCCCAAUCCACCAGUGAUAGUGUCUUCACCUGACGGUUCGCCUACCAUUCAGUUUAGCGAUGUGCUUGAAUCUCCAUAUAUAACGCACAUACUUGUUGCUGUUGAAGAAAGACUUCCGGUAGCAAGGCGCCGACGUCAACAGGCAGCGUAUGGAUCCUUUGCCGAGAAUCCUUCCUCAUACAUAACAGCUAGCAUCAGCAAAGAUGAUCUUCCGAUAGAGCUAACUAUAGGGGAUAAUGAGACUUAUGGAAUUUACCACAAUGCACCCCUCAAAGACAAAGCGAUAUAUGAUGUACGAACAGGUGUUGAGAGCAACGUUGGAGGAAUGAAAUCCACCCUUUUCGGAGAUUCGACUGAAGUAAAGACAGGGCCAACAGGUGGAGGUAACUCUGUAGUCCCUGUGGUAGUAGGGGUCAUAUUUGCUCUCCUCCUCGUAGCUGUGGUGGUAGUCGGUGUUUUAUAUUACAGAAAGAGAAGAGGGAAGUUCAGUAGACUUCCAGCGUCCAUCCUAAGACCGCGGAGAACCCCACCUGUCAGAACCAACAACAGAAAUCAGUUCAAUGACAAUGUGCCAAUGAGACAAGUGCAUAGCCUUGGUCGAGGUGGUACACUUCUCAACGCGCCCUCCGUUGACGGCUUAAGUAACGCAGCAGAUAACGGAGAAGACGGGGCUAUCUAUGCUAACCUACAACCGGAAGAAAAUGCACAUCAGCCUAUCCCACUUGACCAACUCAUCACCUAUGUGGCUCAGAAGAAGGCUAGCACAAAGAAUGGCUUCAAGCAAGAUUAUGAAAGCAUUCCAGGUGGGCAGCUUCACCCGUUGGAUGUGGCUAAGAAGAUUGAGAACAAGCAGAAGAAUAGAUACAUCAACAUUAUAGCCUAUGAUCACUCCCGCGUCCAGUUGCCUUUUCUUGAAAACGAUCCACAUUCAGACUACGUCAAUGCAAACUUCAUUGAUGGUUACAAUUACCCAAGAAGGUACAUCGCAGCCCAAGGUCCCAACGUAGCAUCGGUGAAGGAUUUCUGGCGUAUGGUAUGGGAAGAAGACUGCGGCAAGAUUGUCAUGCUAACCAAUACGGUAGAGGGUGAAAAGAGAAAGUGUGAGAAAUACUGGCCUGACAAGAAGAUGAUAUAUGGAAAAAUCACCGUAACGAUGAAGAGUGAAGAAGUGAAUACCCAUUACACGGUCAGGACAUUCAAUGUCGUGAAGUUUGGGGAAAACAUCCGUGAAGUUGUCCAGUUCCACUACACCUCCUGGCCUGACAUGGGUGUACCCAAGUACACCACACCUCUCAUGAACUUCAUCAGAACCGUCAAGCAACAUCAUACCGAUAGCCAAGGAGCCAUCGUCGUCCAUUGCAGCGCUGGUGUCGGGCGUACAGGAACGUUCAUCACAUUGGAUGCCAUGUUGGACCAGGCAGAGGCAGAGAAUACCAUAGAUGUCUACAAUUUCAUCACGGGCAUGAGGCAGAAUCGAAUCAAAAUGGUUCAAGUAGCGGAGCAAUACCAGUUCAUCUACGAUGCCUUGUUGGAGACCUUUGUCUGUGGUGAUACCAGCAUAGCUCAAGAUCUUUACCUUCAGCGAUACCCCUCCUUGCUAGCUCCUAGUCCUGAUACCGGCUCCACACUACUACAGGAACAGUUUGAACGUCUAGACAUGUUUACCAUCAAGCCGAGAGAUGAUGAGCUGAGGACCGCCAGGAAUUCGAUGAAUGUCCACAAGAACAGAUACCAUGACAAGCUACCAACGGACAAAUCUAGACCAUAUCUAAUCACAGAGGUGGAGAAUGGAACCAACUAUAUCAAUGCCUCUUUCCUACCUGGAUACACCAAGAAGGACAUGUUCCUUGGUACCCAGACGCCUCUCCCAAACACAGUGGGAGACUUCUGGAGGUUGGUCUUUGACUACAAGAUUUCCACCAUCAUCAUGCUCAAUGGCUUAGCCUCAGAGGACCAGUCAAUGGCCGAGUACUGGCCGGAUGAGUCUGAGAGUGAAGUCACGUUUGGUCCUUUCACCAUCACACUCAUUGAUGAGGAGCACUAUGAUGAAAUAUCAUGUAGGACUAUGGAACUCAGAAGCACUACGUCCAAGUCUCGAGUUCAGACCGUGUACCAACUGCAGCUCACCACAUGGCCCAUAACAUCUGAGAUAUGUGCCUCGGCCAUCUCCUUUAUGGAGCUUCAUCGCAGGGCUAUGGUAUGGAAUGAGGCCAAUGCUAAAGAUGCACCGAUCAUGGUCCAUUGCAAGGAUGGUGAAGGAGCUACAGGAACAUUCUGUUCUCUUUCAUCGGUGCUAGAGAGACUAAACGUAGAGAAACUGGUUGAUGUCUUCCAGGCUUGCAAGAAAGUUAGGGCAAUUAGACGAGGGGCAGUGGCAUCAUUGGCCCAAUAUGAGUUCAUCCACUCUGUUCUUCGACUGUAUCUGGAUUCAUAUGACAUCUACGAGAACUACCGGACAUAGGAUGGUUCUGUUUUAGUCAGCACGCUCAUCCAGUUAUGAAUAAUGUGGGAUGUCAAAGUGGAUCUGCCUUGUAAUUUCAGCAUUCAUAUCGUCGAAUGAGUCGAAUGGUUAAUGUUCUUGAUUUGAAAUUUUAAAGAGCACUUUUACACAUAAUGUGCUACAGAUUUGUAUUUUGUAAUGAUUACUUUAUUCAUGUUGAUGGGAAUAGCCUAAUACCUUCUUUGGAUGUAUAUAGAGUCCCUUUAGCGUAGGGUUAAUGCUAUCUUGUAUCGAGUUUUCGUAAUAUCGAGAUGUUCUUGCUAUAACAUGUGUGCCAUCAUAAUAAAUACAACUAUGGCUUGUGAAUUUUAGUUAAAUGUGGAAUAGGAGAAAAACACUUGUUUUAAACUUAGGUGAAUAGUAAUAAUAAAACGUCGUCUUUCUGUUUUCAAUUCCACGUACUCAAGGAUAAAUUUUCUUUAACAAAAACACAAUGGUUAUGAAUAAUUCUGAAUAUUAGCCUUAACCUGUUAACUCGUCGCUUUAAAACAUGAAAUACGAUGACACAUGAAUGGACUGAAGAAAAAUCAACCUUUUUCUAAUUCUUCAGGUUUACAAAUAAUGUGAAAGAGUUAUUUUAUGUCGGAACUUAAUAGGCAUCCAAACACCUCGUACCAUAAAAAAAUCAUAUACUCUGUUGAAGGUAAUCACAAAUUGCAAUAUAUCAGUGCAUCAAUAUUAUGUAAUAGUAUGUAUAUAUCUAUGGUAUGUCUAAAGUUUUACUUCUGUGCCCUUUGGCGGACAUUUAUAUUGCCCUAUUUUUGUUCUGUGUAUCAUAUAUGCAAUACUAAAAGUCUAUGCAUCCGAAAAAUUUCCUUGCAUGUAUCAUAUUUUAGAUUUAGUCGUCCGUCUUCAUCACUGUUGUACUUUGUAAAACGUACUGAUAACUUAAAGGU